AUGUUAAUUAAAGAAUAUCGUAUAGUAUUACCACUGACAGUUGAAGAAUACCAAGUGGCGCAAUUAUAUAUGGUUGCUAAAAAGAGUAAAGAAUCAACAAAUUCAGGAGAAGGUAUUGAAAUUGUUCAAAAUGAACCAUAUGAGAAUGAUAAGUCAAAAGGCCAAUACACCUAUAAAAUCAUACAUUUAAAAAACUCUUUACCAGCCAUUGCUGCUGCCAUUUUACCAGCUAGUGCUCUUAAAGUUGAAGAAAAGGCUUGGAAUGCUUUCCCUUAUUGUAAAACCGAAUAUAGUUGUCCAUUCUUUGGUGAUAGACUUGUUUUAUCAAUCGAAUCUAUGCAUAAACCUGGAAGAGGUGAAGAAGAAAAUGCACUAGGAUGUGAUGCAGCAGUUUUAAAAGAUAGAGUUGUAGAUUUUAUUGAUAUUGCCAAUGAUCCACUCGAUAAAAAGGAUUAUAUUAAAGAAGAGGAUCCAAAGUUAUUUAAAUCAGAAAAGACUGGAAGAGGACCAUUGGAUGGUGAUUGGUUCAAGACUGUUGAUCCUGUCAUGACUUGUUAUAAAUUGGUAAAGGUUGAGUUUAGAUAUUUUGGACUUCAAACAAAGGCAGAAAAUAUCAUUCACAAGAUAGGUGUACGUGAUGUCCUUCAAAAGGCACAUCGUGCUCUCUUUUGUUGGAUUGAUGAAUGGUUUGGUAUGACUAUUGAAGAUAUUCGUAAAAUCGAAGCUCAAACCAAAGAAGAUAUGGCAAAUGCAAUGAAAGAUCAAGAAAACAACGCUGCAAAGAAAUAA